AUGCAGUACUCACUGAUCGCCUGGUCCGCGGUGUUCACCCUACAACUUGGAGCUUUUGCCACUGAUUGGGUACCAGAGAUUCAUGAAGGGAAGUGCAACCUCCUGGCUUCCCAGCUACCAGGAAGAGUUUCUUUCCCGAACUCCACGCAAUACGCGUUGUCAAACAUUUACUACUCAGGCCGCCAGGCAGAGAUCCACCCCGCCUGCUUCGUGACGCCCGAAGACACCGAAGAUGUCGCCACCACGAUGAAGAUUUUGACUUCGUCGUCGAUCCCAUUCACGGUCAAGAGCGGUGGCCACACAGCCUUUGACGGAGGGUCCAAUAUUGCGCACGGAGUGACCGUUGAUUUGGUACGCCUCAAUCAGAUCGUCCUCUCCGAUGAUCGCCAGACUGUCUCGAUCGGACCUGGCAAUCGAUGGGCGAAUAUCUCAGAAAAGCUCGACCCGCUGGGCCUGGCCGUUGUUGGUGGACGAGUCAGCGACGUCGGCGUCAGCGGGCUCAUCCUCGGCGGUGGCAUAUCGUAUUUCUCGGGACGCUACGGAUGGGCCUGCGACAAUGUCCGCAACUUCGAAGUCGUCCUGGCGUCCGGCGAAGUCGUCAAUGCUUCCCCACAAUCCAACGAGGAUCUCUUCUGGGCUCUCCGGGGGGGCGGCGGCUCAAACUUUGGCAUAGUCACACGCUUCGACCUCGUGGCUUUCGAACAGGGCGAUGUUUGGCUGUACACCGCGCUGUACCCCCUUUCCUCCAGCACCGAGCUUGUGCCUGCGUUUGUGGACCUGUCAGUCAACGGCCUGCCGGCCGAUCAUGACGGACAUACGUUCUUCAUCAUGACAAAUCUUGCAGCACUCGGCGGAUUUAUCAUUGCGAACUACCUUUACCACGCCACGCCCCCUACCACUAUUGGAGAUACGCCCGAAGUUUUUGUCAAGAGCGCAUCCGUCGCCGGCUCAUUUCUGAAUACGACCACUGUAGCAAACAUUACUACUCAUUCCAAGGCAAUCUCCGAACCCUAUGGAGGGCGCAAAGCCUGGGCUGGGACCUCCGUCUAUCUGGGCGAGGGGGCAGCACAGCUUCUCCAGGACAUCAUCCCGUUCUAUAAAGAACACGCCAAUCUUCUCAUCGAGACGGCGAAACAGACUAACGAGACAGUGGAGCCGUUCUUCGUGUAUCAGCCCAUCACGGCAAACAUUCUCGACGCGAUGCAAAAGAACGGUGGGAACGCAUUGGGACUCACACCGGAAAAGGGCCCACUGGUGCACAUCCAGGUGACAACACACUGGGAGACAGCGCAUCUUGACUGUCUGGUGAGACAGAGUGCCGCAGACCUCAUCGCCCAGAUUCAGGCUCUUGCGGAGGAGAGGGGCUUGUUUGCAGGUUAUACGUACAUGAAUUACGCUGAGAAGAACCAAGACGUGUACGCUGGGUACGGACAGAAGCCUUUGGCGGGGUUAUUUUAA